AACAAAGACAGCAGAAAGAGAGAGAUAGAGAGGGAGCGCCUCCACAGACGCCUUGUAGUUAUAUAUAUUUUUUAAAAAGGCAAGAAAGGAAACGAGUAUAUUUCAAUUUCCAUUAUGAAUCCGAGAGAUCUUGCAGUUGCUGGUGUAUUGUACAUAGUGUUUGGAUUUACUGAUUUGUGAAGCAUUGUUUCGUUUCUCUUUCGCUCCGUACGUCGCAGAUCCUUGAAAGCUCUCCGCAAAUCUCUGUUUGUGUUCGUCGAAUCUUAUCUUCGUCUCAAUGGAGCUGUAGUUCUCGCUUGCUUCCCCAGAUUUAUUCAAAUGGUUAGUUUGGUUAUUUGAGUUUUCUCUGCUACCAGCUAAGGGCUCAGACCUUUUUUAACUCAUGGUUUGUGAUGGACUCUGAUAAUCUGAAGCCUGCCGAUGGGCUUGAGGUAUUCCAUCUAAAUGGUGUUCAUGAGCAACUUCCUGGCUCUGGAGAAGAUGAUGCUGUUGGUGAUAAUGUAAAUGGGAUUUCUGAGGGCACUUCAGAGACCACAGGGGGAAGUGGAAAUUUUGUAACCGCAGAAAUGUUGGAUGAUAGUGGUACCAAUAACUCACCUCCUGCAGAGCCAAGGGAGGAAUCAAAUGCUCAUGUGAAGAACAAGAAAUUGGCUGUUUCCAAGGAGGGGAAAGUGAAAGACGCAAACCAUUCAAAGCAAGCCAAGUCAGUGAAGCUUCAAGGGAAAAGCAAGAAUGAGAAGCCAUCAAGCCCCAGAAUCAUCGCAGCAACUUGGGUGAAGAAAAGUAAAGAUGAAAGAGAUGUGGGAACAACAUCUACCUUUUCAAAUGGCUCUGUGGCUUCAAAUCCACGUGUUAAACAGCCUUUUAAAAGUAAUUCCUCUAAUGACAGGCAGAUUCAUCCAUCCAAGCAAUCUGGAAAGCCUGAUGCUGUGUUAUCUGAUAGCCAAAUAAGUCCAAAGGCGGAAGAGGCCCAACAACGCAGAGCCAGUGCCCUUCCGAAUUAUGGAUUCAGCUUUAAGUGUGAUGAGCGAGCUGAGAAGAGGAAAGAGUUCUACUCUAAACUUGAGGAAAAGAUUCAUGCAAUGGAAGUAGAAAAGACUACUUUGCAAGUGAAGUCUAAGGAGUCUCAAGAAGCUGAGAUUAAGCAGCUCCGAAAGAGUCUGACCUUCAAAGCAACUCCCAUGCCCAGCUUUUAUCAAGAACCUCCACCACCUAAGGCGGAGCUUCAGAAGAUACCACCAACAAGAGCUAGAUCUCCCAAGCUUGGCAGAAAGAAGAGCUUAAUGCUUGAUUCUGAAGAAAAUGGGAACCACAGCUUGCGACCAGGUAGUCUAAGCUUGGAUGAGAAAUUGUCUCGGAACAAUACAAGCAAAGUGUCUCCUGUAAUUGUGAGGAAGCCACAGCGAAAGUCUCUCCCUAAACUGGCUUCUGAGAAGACUAUUUUUUUGAGUUCAACAAAUACUGAAAAAGCCACAUUAUCUGAAGCUUCAAAGGAGGAAAAUACUCUUUUUUCUAACGCGACAAAUGAAACUCCAUCUCCCAGACAAGAGCAGGAGGUAGUUCAGAGAGCUGAAGCAAGUGAAACUCAUCCUGAAACAGAUGGAAAUAUUGUUAUAAAGCAGACUCGACCCAUUCUGGUACAAGCAGCCAUAGCAGUGGAGCAAUAAGCGGAUCUGUAAUCGAACGGAUAUUCAUAUAUGAUGCCUUUAAUUAGAUUGUGUGAAUGAGAGGUGCGGUGCGAGGUUCAAAUCAUUCGACAAUGGAGGCACAAAGGAUUUUGGAUUAUGGGUGGGGUGGGGUGUAGUGAGUGGUCUUGUCUAUAGUAAGCAGCAUUGGUUUUGUGUGUGCUUGCUUUCAAAGUUGCUGGUCUUGUCAUUAGGACUCUGCAUCCGACUUUGCAGCAUUGUAAUUUGUAUGGUCAUCAUUUGUCAAAAGUUAUUGGUAAUUUAUGUUUAAGCAUCUCUUUGUUGCCUGCUUAUUGGAAUCAUAAUGCCAAAUGUUGGGUUACUGUUA